UUCCUGCCACUGAGGAAACAUUCAGCUCGAAUUAGCCCUGGUUCUCCUUUCCCUGCUCUGGCCUCACAGGAGGAGCUGGCGGGGAGCCCUGGACCCUCUGGUCCCAGCCAGAUUUCCCGGCCAAACGCGGGAGGAGAGAUGCCUUGGACUGUCCUGCUUUUUGCAGCUGGUUCCUUGGCCAUCCCAGCACCAGCCAUCUUCUUGGUGCCCCCCUACCCAAAGAGCCAAGAGGACCCCAUCCACAUCUCAUGCACAGCCCCCAAGGACUUCCUGGGGGUGAAUUUCACGCUGUACCGAGAGGGACAGAUUGUCCAGCUCCUGCAGGCCCCAGCCAACCAGCUGGGGGUCACAUUCAACCUGAGCGGCGGUGGCGCGGCUUCUGGAGGGAAAUUCUGGUGCCAGUACAGUGUGGUGGGCGAGCACAGCCAGCCCCAGCUGUCAGACCUCAGCCAGCCGGUGCACGUCUCCUUCCCAGUGCCCACUUGGAUCCUGGCCCUCUCGCUGAGCCUGGCUGGAGCCCUCCUCCUCCUCACUGGUCUGGCUGCUUUUGCUGUGGUGGUCAGGAGAGUGAAAAUAAAAAAUUUACAGAGAAAACGAGAACAGGAAUCCUGUUGGGCCCAGAUUAACUUCACCACCGCAGACAUGUCCUUCGAUAACUCCCUGUUUGCCAUCUCCGCGGGGAAACUGAAGCAAAGGGGAUUAAGUCACUCAACCAAGUUCACACUGCCACGAAGUGACCGAACUGGGAUUUGGACUCCUGCUCUCAGGUCCUCUACUCAGCAGGGAGGAACCCUGGAGAACAGAAGACCAGGACAGGAGGAGCAGGUCCCUGAGGCUCAGAAAAUGACUUCAGAAGAAGACCCAGCAGCCACCCUAGAUGCUUGCGCUGGCAACUGUGGGCCCCGAAAGAGGCCCACCUCCACAUCAUCCUCACCAGAGCCCCCAGAGUUCAGCACUUUCCGGGCCUGCCAGUGAGGCUGAGGAUUGGGGAACACUUCUAUUCAGCCCUGUCCCUCCACCUGCCUGAGCCUUUCCGGGGCCUGAGGUUCCCUUCAGCUACUUCAGGGGUGACAGGGGUUUAUGUUCCCUGGCUGCUACCUUCUCAGGGAGUUGAACAGAGAUGAAGGGGUCCUCUGGCCUUGGGACCUUGCUCAUAGAAGAGUGGGAGAGGGGGUGAAGGCAAUGGCAUGGAGGCUGAGCCCAAAGCAGGAAGCCCUUCUGUGGAUUCCUCCUUCUCAAGACCAUCAGGGAAGAUGUCUGGAUUUCUUCUGGCCCCCCAGCUGGGCAUAAGAGGUCCACACUCUCCACGCUGUGCCCCCCAGUUCUUCCAUUUUCAGUCACUCUGAUUCAGGUACCUGACUUCCCAACUGGGUUUUUGAGCUCAGGGUUGGGGGGAUGUUCUGUGUGUUCCCCUUUUGGCAUACCUAAGUUAUUAAUUAUAACACAUGUUGAGGUGGUCCCAAGGUCUUUCUGGUGUGUAAUCCUUCAAACCUGGGACCUUCGGCAUCCAACUCUUGGACAGCUGAGGGUGGUAGCAUGCCCAAAUCCAUGAUGUUUAAGGUACCCCUGAACUGAGUCAGGAUGGUGUAGGAGACCUAUGAGGGGGUUUGUGAAGAGAGGGGACAACAACACAAGGUUGUCCCCUGUUAGGUUCCUUCAACUGUGGGGGAACAGGAGGUAGAAUGAUGUUGUGUAGGGGUAAAGGGGUAUUGGGGAAAAGGAGGUGUAAAUGAGGACCAGAAAAGGUGUCCCAACUUAUGCAGUCAAGGGGGAGAAAUAAAGAAUGUCCACGUGCUUC